UUCGUCAACCCUAAGUGGUAUGCCCUUGUUGUCUUUGUAGAGACUGUAGUACUUGAUGUUUACAUGCUUGUUAUCUCUCACACCUGGUUGGGGGGAAAGAGCAGGGAGUGCCACGUACACGACAGCUGACGGCAGCUGGCGUGGGCGCUCCGCACAAUCAUUCUAUGGUCGUACUACCCAACGCAUACUACCUAUGUGCAGGGCACCUGAAACAGUCAUCUCGUCUACAGAUCCGACUAGAUACGCACUCACACGAACACCCUCCUUGGUUUUACGCAAAAGUAACUAACCACUUCUGAAUUCUGUGGGAUGCGUGCUCCCGCCACCUCAAGUCAGGUGCUUCUGCAACAAAUCAAUAAAAACCUAAGGGGAAACCCGGCCACCAGGUCAAAACCCCUCCUUCGCAAGGACGGUACUCCGGAAAAGCAGGAUAAAGACGCAAACAGGAUAACUCCGACAACGUAGGCGAUCCGGGUAACCUUCCCGCCACAUUUCAAUAUCACCUUUUUCCUAGUACCCAACAAAUUCCAAAAAGUCUGCAGCCACUGCCACGAUUUUACUCCCACAAAGCCCAAACGAAAGUCCGUUGCAAUUUACUCCUACUGCCCUCCCCGCUCGACGAACAACUAUCGAUGAUCUGAGCACCUAACUUCCUCCCUCCCCCUUGAUUUCGGCACUUCGCGGCGCCCCCGGGGUUUGUGGUGAAUGCUAUCAUCCUGGGACAGCUGUUCUGUCAAACACAUCAAGCAUGAUAAGCCUUCUUGCAUACAACUCUUACUCCGACUCUCGGAGAUUCAAACUUCAGCCUGCUUACACACACCUCUUCGACUCUCAGAAAAAACAAAAUCUUCAAUUCUCAAUCACCAUAUACAGCACGCGUCGAUAUGGUUCUCCCUUACUCGAAAGGAGCUGCAGGCCGUUCGCUGCACCACACAAAACACCUCUCUCAUCCUACACUCGCGGGAAACACUCCGGACGGUCUACAUGCAUGCAUCGAGAACUCAUCAUCGCUGGGGCUUCUCCCCUCCUAUAUGACAAACAAGCACAGUGAUUCUUAUCAUGGGGCUUCUCCCCUCCUACAAGACACACACUGCUGUAGUAAACAGUGAUUCUUAUCAUGAGGCUGCUCCCCUUCUACGAGACACACACUGCUGACAUAGAUAUUGGAUACGCCUUGCUACUGCGAAUCCCUCAAUAAGGCGAAUACAUCUGGUACAUGGGUCCACACCUGCAGCAACAACGGAAAUGUCACCUACAACAGUGGCAUCCCCUCCCCAUUUCCGCCUCAUCCUGCACAACAAGGUGGGACAUCUGGUACAUGGGUCCACACCUACCUGUAGCAACAACGGAAAUGUCUACAACAGUGUCCCCCCCUCCCCAUUUCCACCUCAUUCUGCACAAGGUGACACAUCUGGUACAUGGGUCCACACCUACCUGUAGCAACAACGGAAAUGUCACCUACAACAGUGUCCUCCCCUCCCCAUUUCCACCUCAUGCUGACACCUGCACAAUUUUAACUGCGCUGGUAUCUGCAACUUCGAUACACCGGGUCCUGUGUACCCCAUUUCUGGCCGACACGCUGGAUACUGAUUAACCCUGUGCGUUAGUUUUCAAUCGGCUUUGAUACACCUGGUCCUGUGUACCCCUUCAUUUCAGCCGACACGCUGAUUACUGUUUUACCCCUGGGCGUGAGUUUUCAAUCGGCUUUGAUACACCUGGUCCUGUGUACCCCUUCAUUUCAGCCGACACGCUGAUUACUGUUUUACCCCUGGGCGUGAGUUUUCAAUCGGCUUUGAUACACCUGGUCCUGUGUACCCCUUCAUUUCAGCCGACACGCUGAUUACUGUUUUACCCCUGGGCGUGAGUUUUCAAUCGGCUUUGAUACACCUGGUCCUGUGUACCCCUUCAUUUCAGCCGACACGCUGAUUACUGUUUUACCCCUGGGCGUGAGUUUUCAAUCGGCUUUGAUACACCUGGUCCUGUGUACCCCUUCAUUUCAGCCGACACGCUGAUUACUGUUUUACCCCUGGGCGUGAGUUUUCAAUCGGCUUUGAUACACCUGGUCCUGUGUACCCCUUCAUUUCAGCCGACACGCUGAUUACUGUUUUACCCCUGGGCGUGAGUUUUCAAUCGGCUUUGAUACACCUGGUCCUGUGUACCCCUUCAUUUCAGCCGACACGCUGAUUACUGUUUUACCCCUGGGCGUGAGUUUUCAAUCGGCUUUGAUACACCUGGUCCUGUUCACCCCUUCAUUUCAGCCGUCACGCUAGAUACUGGUUUACCUCUGUGCGUGAACCUUUCAUUGACUGCGGGGAGCCCUUGUGCUGCAUCCCUUCAUUUGAUACACCUGGUCCUGUGUACCCCUUCUGUUCAACCGACACGCUAGAUACUGGUUUAUCUCUGUUCGUGAAUUUUCAUCGGUUGUGGGAAGCGCCUAUGCUGCACCCCCUCCUUCGAUACGCCUGGUCCCGCGUACCCCUUUUAUUCUGCCCCAGACAAUUUUUUCAUCGCCCGCGGACAUCAUGAAAUGGAAGCGCCUGUACCGCGAAUCCCCAUCAUAGAGUGACUGGUUUUCGGAGCCGAAUUACCAUCGUCGUACGAAACACCCGCGAUAACACGCCUGGACUUUACCAUCGAAAAUGACGAACUACAAAUGCUCAACAAAACACCCACACUCAAGAUUGGAAACGCCUGAACCGCGAAUCCCCUUUCGAAGAUCAUCCAUGAUUGGUCGUAUCAUCGUAAGCGAAGCUACCAUCACUCUACGAACACCAAAUCAGAAAAUGGAAACGCCUUAACCGCAAAUCCCCUGUAGAACUUUCGAUAUCAUUCGUCACAAGCAAAAUCAUUCAAUAUUACUCACGAAUCUCAACCAGAAAGAAGCGCCCCGCGGCAACACCGCGUUGUUGUUGGCCCUCGUUCAAAAGCACAGCAGAUUUCGCGGUCUCGCCCUUGCUCCUCUGAGGCAAUUCCACGUUCACCAGAAUCGCCGUGACUGCAGUCCUCCAGUUCUCCAGCGCGUACUUUUCCCGCGACCAACAGGCUCGUGUGCUGUGCCGCCCGCUNGUUGUUGUUGGCCCUCGUUCAAAAGCACAGCAGAUUUCGCGGUCUCGCCCUUGCUCCUCUACGGCAAUUCCACGUUCACCAGAAUCACCGUGGCUGCAACCGGACUCCAGCGUGUACUUUUCCCGCGAUCAACAGGCUCGUGUGCUGUGCCGCCCGCUACUCCACCGCCGACACCANAGAAGCGCCCCGCGGCAACACCGCAUUGUUGUUGGCCCUCGUUCACAAGCACAGCAGAUUUCGCGGUCUCGCCCUUGCUCCUCUGCGGCAAUUCCACGUUCACCAGAAUGGCCGUGGCUGCAAUCCUCCAGUUCCCAAGCGCGUACUUUUCCCGCGAUCAACAGGCUCGUGUGCUGUGCCGCCCGCUACUCCACCGCCGACACCACCACCCCUCUGCUGCCUUGUCAUUGGGCCGGUCCCAACAGCUCGCUCAUGUGUGCGGCCCCGAAGUAUUAUCCUCCAGGCUCCACCUCCUGACACCUCGUUCCGUGUGCCCGGGGCAGUCAACCUACCCCCAGCAGCGCCUCUGCUAGAGCUGCCAACCGCACAGAGAAAAUCGAUGGUCUGGGACCCACCAAACCCACCAUUUGCAGGGACGUCAAACGCCCGCACCGGUUCACCUUCCGUGCCCGAUCUACUGCUGCUCUCUCUUCCAGCGGCGUAAUCUGUUCUAACGCCAGCCGCAGCGUGCAGCUCUGACAGGCAGCUGCCUGGCGGCGAGAUUCCGACAAUCCCACCGCAGGAUGCGGUGCGUCUCCCAGCACCGCCUGACCCCCCUCGGCUCCCGCAAUCUGACUUUGCCUGCAGCAGCGAUGACAUCUUGUCCAUCAUCCCCUGCAUCCAAGCUCCCUGCGCAUUAUUUCCCAGCGGGGGGGCAGCGGAUGGGUGGCCCGGGGGGCCUACUCCCCCGACUCCACCGGGUGGCACCCCAAACCGUGUGCCCGGCGCGGCUCCUCCGCGCCCUGCGGCGUUGCCAGCGCCGCUUGACUCCCCCUCUUCUGCCGCCGCCGCCCUGGCAGGCGGCAUCUGAAGUUGCCCUAGCUCCUCCAUGACAGCCGACAGCACCUUGCUCUGUCCCUCCAGCCUCUUGACAGCUCCGUCACGCGCGUGUCGAUCGUGGUUCCGCCGCUAUCGCUCGCUGGGGUAUCGCCAGGCAUAAUCUCUGCAAAGGGGCUCCUUCAAAGGAAACUCUGGAGUAUUCGUCAACCUUAGGUGGUAUGCCCUUGUUGUCUUCAUAGAGACUGUAGUGCUUGAUGUUUAGAUGCUUGUUAUCUCUCACACCCGGUUGGGGGGAAAGAG